AUGGCGGUUGGUUCGCAUUUGGAUCUUGGGAUGGGCCGGAAGGAAGGUGAGGCCCGAAGGCCGUCUGGCCUGGUGCUCCUGCUCACGCUGGCUGUCAUCACCUCGUCCUCUUUGUCGGCGCUCUCCUUUUACGGGCUGAUGGUCCUCAGAGCUGAGGUGAAGGGUCUCAAAUCCGAUAUGUGUCUCAAGAGGGAAACCGUGUGUGGAGAGCAGAAUAUGAAUAAUAGGAAAAGCAGUCACUCAGAUCCUCAACACACAUUGGUCCUUGCGAGGAAGAGGAGGACCAUCUCUGGAACAGACACAUCAGUUUCACAGUCUUGUCUACAGUUGUUGGCGAACAAGAGUAGGAAAAUUUUUAGGAAAGAUUUUGCACUGGAGCCAUACACAGGCAUCCCUUGGCAGACUGGCCUAAGGAGAGGGUCUUCACUUGAAGCGGUUGGAGACAACAUACAAGUCCUAGAGGAAGGCUUCUACUUUGUCUACAGUCAGGUGUACUACAUGGACAGUCGCUUUGCAAUGGGCCACGUGGUGAUCCGCAGGAAGAGGACAGUGGUGGGUGAUGAGGCUCAGCACGUGAUCCUGUUCCGCUGCAUCCAGAGCAUGGAUAGUGUGUACCCGUACAACACGUGUUACACAGGAGGUGUUGUGAAACUGGAAGUCGGGGACCAGUUGGAGCUGCUGAUCCCCAGGUCCUCUGCUGACGUGUCACUGGAUGGGGACGCCACCUUUGUAGGCGCUGUUCAGCUGCUUUAA